AUGGCCUCCUUUUUUCUUCCUCUUUUUAUCAUCACCAUCACAUUCCAAAUCAAUAACAGUAAUGGGUAUCUUCUUCUUAAAGUCAACAAAGAUGCACAAACUCACCAAUACACCACCCAACUACUCAUCGGAAGUCCCCAACUUCCGGCCAAACUUGUGGUUCAUCUUUCCGGUGAGUCAAUCUGGGUCAAAUGCCCCAAAACAUCCUCAUCUCGUAACGUAAUUCAUCACGGGUCAAUCCCUUGCUUAAUCUCAAAACCCGAAAAAUCUGAUAAGCUGUCUCUCUUUGGUCCCACCACAAUAUGUGAAAUUCGUCAAACCAACCCCAUCACCUAUGAAUCUGGUUUUGGAGAGGUGGUUCAAGAUAUGGUUUCUGUUGAUGGAUUUGGUUCUGUUGGGAAAUUUAUGUUUUCGUGUUCCUCGGAUGCUUUAGUAAAUGGUUUGGAGGUCGGUUCACAAGGAAUAUUGGGUUUUGGAAGAUCCAAAAUCGCAUUCCAGAAUCAGAUUGUUGACAAUUUUGAUAUUUCAAGAAGUUUUGUGGUUUGUUUGUCAUCAAGUAAUGGAUUUAUACAAGUGGGAGCUAGCAAUAAUAGAAUCACUAAAUCCUUAUCUUACACCCCAUUGAUAAAGACAGCCGGUUUUGAUGGAGGAUAUUUUGUGAAUGUAAAUUCAGUUAAUAUUAACGGUAGAAAAAUGGUUUUAGGACAAGUCAUAGGAGGUGUGGAAAUAAGCUCUGUUGUUCCGUACACGAUGAUGAAAAGUACGAUUUUUGAGGUUUUUACACGAGGGUAUCUUAGGGCAGCUGAAUUGAUGAAUAUGACUAGGGUGGCACCCGUGGCGCCAUUUGGGUAUUGUUUUGAAUCGCAGGAAAUGGUGCCGGAUAUUGAAUUGGUGUUGCAGAGUGUGUUUGUGAAAUGGAAGAUACAAAGGCGAAAUUCGAUGGUGCAAGUGAGUGAUUCGGUCAUGUGUUUGGGGAUUUUGGAUGGUGGUUUGGGGAUGAAUGGUUUAGUGGUUUUAGGAGGGUAUCAAUUAGAGAAUCGUAUCUUGGAGUUCAAUUUAGGGACUAGUAUGAUGGGGUUUAGUUCUUUGUUGAUGGAAGGGAAUGACUGUUCUAACAUUAGAGAAACGGUUUUGACUAGGAAGGAAUCGUUGUUGUAA